AUGGCGACUCCGUAUGACGACGACGAUAUGGAUCGGUACAUGGAAGAUGAGAAUUAUGGUGGUGGAAACCUUUCACCUCGUGCCCCAACCCCGGAGAUGGAUUUGGAUAGGCACAGCGAACCGGAUGAACUACCACCAGCAAAUGAGGUGAUCCAACACCAAGAGAAAAAUAUGACAACCGCGGACGAUCUUCAGCAAACGCCACCAGCGACCGAGACGGCCCCAUAUCAAGGGACUGAUCCCGACGAGCUUCAACUAUCGAUUGGACGUUCGCCUCCUCUACCAGACCCCUAUCCUAAACCCAUUGCAAGCUUUCAGGAUCAGUUUCACCCGGCCGAAAAAGCGAAUUGCAAAGUCAAUAAUGAAAACCCUUCUUCAAAUAUCGAAAAUGAAAUCCAGAAUCCUGACGUCGAUGUUCCAUCGAACAAGAAAAGGAAGUCUCAGGACAUGAAGAAUAGUCACGGUAAGGUGCAGAGGGGACAGGGUGAAGACGACGACGACAUCGUGAUCAUUGAACCACGCAUGGCUUCUGAAGCGGCACAGUCGAGAUGGUCAGAGCCUCGAGUUCCCACGCUCAGACGACCCGAGGAUGUAGAGAUCAAAAAGGAGACGGUUGAUGAGUCCUCAAUCUCCCGGAACCACACGUCUCCGGAAAAGAAGCCGACUACGAAAUCUGAAGCCCAGAUCCUUGCGAUGCUUGCAAUAAUCAAUGAUCCCCAACCUGCGAUGGAGGGUGCACGAGACUCACCCAAUGGAGACAACGAAGAAAUCGAAAUGUCAGAUCACGAGCGUAUGGAUGUUGAUGCGGCGAUGGGUGGCGGUAUAUCCGAAGAUGUGGGUUGGAUGGAUGAGGAAGUGGAGCCAGUGGAGGAAAGUGAUGAAUACACCAAGCUCCUGGCUACGUGCAAUUUACUCGAAUCGAAAAAACGGCAGGGCAUCAUGUCCUAUGAUGAAGGUUAUGAGCUAUCAAAAGCACAAGCAAGGCUCAAGGAUCUUGACAUAAUGAGAAACGCGGCUCAAAGAAGGGAUGACACCCCUCUGUUUGUGGAAGAUUCUAGGAGAGCAAGGUCCUCCAGUACUCCUCCAGAAGAAGAUGCAUUCGAAAUAGACGACGAUCAAUUUGGCGAUCAUAACGGCGUCACGGACGGUUUUUACGAUAGCGAUACAGAGUUUGCUAACAGAUUGCACGCGGGCCUUGCUGGUGAGCCUGUUGAAGAACUAGAAGUGUCCCCAAACCCGAGGACGGCAAAGAAAUCCCGGAAGAAGGCACCAAAGAAUACUAGAGAGGCAUAUCAACAGAAACAAGAAAAGGAGGCCUCGAAGGCGAAAGCAAAAAUGCAAAAGCAGCAGGAGAAAGCAAGCCAGAAAGCCCGAAUUACGAAGAGAGCAAAGCAAAAGAAAAAUCACAAUUCACGAAAGGGCAACACAUUGAUGGAUCAAGGUCUUCAAAAUGAGUUUGAUUUUGCUGAUUUAUUGAAAUCCGACAUCAUCGACGACCAUCAUCGGAAUGCAGCUCGCGAACAUGGCUCUGGUCCAGCAAUAUUGGGGUCCAACAAGGUAAACCAAAUUCAGCAGAUCUUUAACAACAUACCACCUCCAAAAGAUGCAUCGGAGAAGCGUACGAUCCUCACAGACAAGAAGAAAUUGAGAGAAGCGGCUCAGUCUUUUGGAUACGCCAAAGUAAGGGCAGUGAAUGGGAGAUGGAAAGUUGCAGGAAUGAGCUCACCAUUGUAUCAUCAUCAGCUCCUCGGAGCGCAUUGGAUGAUUACACGUGAGUUAUCAGAGGGAAGACCCCAUGGUGGACUUCUAGCGGAUAGCAUGGGACUGGGUAAAACUAUCGAGACUAUUGCUUGCAUUACAGCCAACCCUCCUCCCGAAACGGACAUAGUAAGAGGCGUCCAAGCGACAUUAGUAGUUGUACCUGCUGGAUUGGUCGUUCAAUGGCACGAGGAGAUUAUAAAACACAGAGAAUCGGGCCAUCUCAAGAAGAUCUUGAUGUACAAAAGCUCGAAGAGCAAUGUGUCGAAAGAGAUCCUGGAGUCGUUGGAUAUCGUGAUUUGCUCAUAUCAAGAGGUUAUGAAGCAAUUCCCUUUCCCGGAUACUCAAGACAUGAUCGAUUUGGCUAGGGUUCAUCCAGGUAGAUGGCUAACUCGAUCAGGAGAGGAAGCUGGACUGCUUCAUCAAAUUAACUGGUAUCGGGUCGUUCUGGAUGAGGCUCACUUGAUCAAGAACUAUUACUCUAAAACUUCGAUCGCUUGUCAGAACUUGAAGUCGAUUUAUCGAUGGUGUCUUACUGGUACUCCGUUGAUGAACAGGAUUGAGGAGUUCUACCCGUAUUUGCAUUUCCUGCGAGCAAAUUACACAAUGGAUCAACAGACUUUUCAAAAGCACUUUUGCGACCCGUCAGUCAUAGAGUGUCGGAGUCGACUUGGCAUUCUUCUUUCCUAUGCGAUGUUGAGACGAACCAUGAAAACCACUUUGCUUAAUCGUCCUUUGAUUAGUCUGCCUGACCCUAAGGCCAUAAUUGAAUAUGUCGACUUUUCCGACGAAGAGAGAAUUAUCUACAGAAUUACCGAAAACAGAUUCCGCGACAUGAUCAACCAAUACAUUGCGAAACACGACCUCUCCAAAAACUACGCUCAUUUCUUCGUGCAACUCCUUCGACUUCGCCAAUGCACCGGUCACCCUUUCAUGAUGGAACGUACAAUCAAGGAGUGCUGGACCCUCGACGACGCUCAAGAAGCUCGCCAAAAGUUAAACGCUAUGAAAUCUAAAGCGACUAAACCGUUCUAUGAGCGGACUAAGCUCUGGGUUAACGGUCGAUCAUCUAACACAUCUGAGGAUUUCGAAAACUUGUUCGAGAAUGAAUCUGGCAACUUUGGACGUGAAGAUAUGGGGAAUUCGUUUAGCAUGCGGACCGCGCUGAAGUCUUUGAAGAAGGUCACGCUUGAGAAAAGAGUGCACUGUGGGAUUUGUGGCGAUUUUCCGGUCGCGCCGUUUACUACAGAAUGCAAACACACAUUUUGCAGAUCGUGUUUGGAGGAGUAUAUUCAUCGCCAGACAGCCGAGGAAGAUGAUGUCAGAGCUACGGAAUGCCCCAAAUGCGGCAGUGCUAUUUACGACGUCCAUAAUGAAGGCAACUCUGAGGAUGACAUGGAAGAUGCAUUCGAUGAAGACGACGAUAAUGAGAUUACUGAUGGGCCCGUCUCAACCAAGCAAAAAGGACGGGUCCCUGAAUGGAGUCUGGGCCGUGAUGCUUUCGGGUUUGAACCACAUACCAAUCAUUCGACCUGGCUGCAACAGAGCGACAGAAAAGACAGUAAAAUCCCACUAACCUCCUCCGCCAAGAUCACAGCUUUGAAAGCCCUUCUGCUGAAAGCAUUCGAGGAGCAACCUUUGGAAAAGAUCGUAAUCUACGUCCAAUUCCGCAUCCUCGCCCGCAUCGUAGGCCGUCUCUGCAACCAAGAAAAAUGGCCCUUCCUCUACUACACCGGCGACUGUCCGCCCGCCCUUCGCGCCAAAACCAUCACCGAAUUCACCACCAACCCGCAAAUCCGCAUCCUCAUCUCCGGCUUGAAAUGCGGCGGUCUGGGCCUAAAUCUCACGAUGGCAUCUCGCUGCGUCUCCUUGGAUCUCUGGUGGAACCACGCCGUCGAACAGCAGGCUUUCGGUCGUAUUUUCCGGAUUGGCCAGGAGAAGAACACGGUUAUGACGCGCUUGGUGGUCAGGAAUAGUGUGGAUAUGCGGUUGCUUAGUAUGCAGGCGCAUAAACUGAGGGAUGUGGAGCGUUGUUUGGGGGAUCAUGGAAGGAGGGUUGAGGAGGGGGGAACGCUUGGGGUGAGGGAGCUGGUUAAUCUGUUUGGGUUUCUGAGGACGGAGGGCGGGGAGGUUGUGGGGGUUGAGAGUGAUUAUGAUGAUUGA